UCCUCCUGCCUGGCCUCGGCUACGCGUGUUCGGCCGCCCUUGAGGUGAUCCGGCGCGAGGCCCGAAGGGACCUGCUCAGGAGAACCACCAGGCGGAAGUCUCUUGGGGCUGUCCAGUGCUGGUUCAGAUGCCACGAUCCCUGAACACCGUGGGCGCGGCCCUGCCUCCCUUUCCUUGCUGCCUUCACGACCUUACGACCCCACCGUCGACUGUGUGGGUUGUCCCCUAGUGGGGCGUUGACUAACCAGGCCGACCUCUGAACUCUGCUGCAGAUACCUGGGUUUCAGAACGUGGGCCUCAUGUUCCGGUGUAGCGCCAACUGCUGUGAGGACAACCAGGCAUCUAUGCAGCAGGUGCACCAAUGCAUCGAGCGCUGCCAUGCGCCUUUGGCUCAAGCUCAGGCCUUGGUGACCAGUGAGCUGGAAAGGUUCCAGGACCGCCUGGCCCGGUGCACCAUGCACUGCAAUGACAAAGCCAAAGACUCAAUAGAUGCCGGAAAUAAGGAGCUGCAGGUGAAGCGGCAGCUGGACAGCUGUGUGGCCAAGUGUGUGGACGACCACAUGCACCUCAUCCCAACAAUGACCAAAAAGAUGAAGGAGUCUCUGUCAUCCAUCGGGAAAUAAAAUUGUUUGCCAGUGAC